AGGCGAAUCAUUCCUCAAAUUUGCUUGUAAUCGUUUGUUGAACUGUUGGUGCAGAAAUAUUGCUACUGCAGAAAUUUCUUUGCUGCUAGAAAAAUAUAUUACUAUUGAUAUUCUGUCUUAAUCGCAUUAAAAUACAGCAUGCCGGACCAUUUAGGAGAUGAUAUGCGAAAAGUGAAGGCAGAUUAUAAAGAUGCUGAGCCUGAAAUCGAAGCACUUGAUGAUGUGGACAUUGAACUCUUGAAAACAUACGGGCAAGGGCAGUAUCACAAAGCCAUUAAGCAGAUUGAAGAUGACAUUCAAAAAUCUAUCAAACAAGUAAACGAAUUGACUGGUAUAAAAGAAAGCGAUACUGGUUUAGCUCCGCCUGCUCUUUGGGAUUUGGCUGCAGAUAAACAAAUUCUUCAGAAUGAACAACCAUUACAGGUUGCACGAUGCACAAAGAUUAUUAAUGCCGAUUCAGAUGAUCCAAAAUACAUUAUUAAUGUGAAACAAUUUGCAAAGUUCGUGGUGGAUUUGGCUGAUUCUGUAGCACCAACCGAUAUUGAGGAAGGAAUGCGUGUUGGAGUGGAUCGCAACAAAUAUCAGAUUCACAUUCCGCUUCCUCCUAAAAUCGACCCUACUGUAACCAUGAUGCAAGUGGAGGAGAAACCAGAUGUCACAUACAGCGAUGUCGGUGGUUGCAAAGAACAAAUAGAGAAACUACGUGAGGUUGUCGAAACUCCUUUACUACAUCCAGAAAAAUUUGUUAAUCUUGGAAUAGAACCGCCAAAAGGAGUGCUUUUGUUUGGUCCUCCUGGUACUGGAAAAACCCUUUGUGCACGUGCGGUUGCCAAUCGUACUGAUGCCUGUUUUAUUCGUGUAAUUGGAUCGGAAUUGGUUCAAAAAUAUGUUGGCGAAGGAGCUCGCAUGGUGCGCGAACUUUUCGAAAUGGCGCGCUCGAAAAAAGCAUGCCUAAUUUUCUUCGAUGAAAUUGAUGCUAUUGGUGGCGCUCGCUUCGAUGAUGGUGCUGGCGGAGACAACGAAGUGCAGAGAACUAUGUUAGAAUUGAUAAACCAGUUGGAUGGUUUCGAUCCGCGUGGUAACAUCAAAGUUCUUAUGGCUACUAAUCGCCCGGAUACCCUUGAUCCUGCAUUGAUGCGCCCAGGCCGAUUGGAUCGCAAAGUUGAGUUUGGUCUACCUGACUUGGAAGGAAGAACACAUAUUUUAAAAAUUCACGCUCGUUCUAUGUCCGUUGAGCGAGAUAUUCGUUUUGAACUACUUGCUCGCUUAUGCCCUAAUUCAACGGGAGCGGAAAUUCGGUCAGUGUGCACGGAAGCAGGGAUGUUUGCUAUUAGAGCUCGACGUAAAGUCGCAACAGAAAAAGAUUUUUUGGAAGCCGUGAACAAAGUUAUUAAAAGUUAUGCCAAGUUUAGUGCUACUCCAAGAUAUAUGACGUACAAUUAAUUAUCAAUAUAAUGAAUCAAAAAAUAUUGCUGAAACUUGUCAAUAAACAUUUCUCAAAAUUCGCUGGAUAUUUUGAAUGAACGAUGAA